UGUUAAAUGGUGAUUCGGCAUAGGUGCAGAAUCUCAUAUGAUUUUCCUCUUUCAGUGUAUUAAUAUGGUGAGUUACACUGAAUAAUAUUUUUAGUGGUAAAUCAGCUUUGUGCCCCUGGGAUAAAACACACUUGGCCACGGUUUUUAAAAACGUAUUACUGGAUUCAAUUUGUUAAAUAUUUUGUUAAGGAGUUCUUGUAUCUGCAUUCAUGAGGGAUAAGGUGAUAUGGUCAUUUAAUCCAUUAAACUAAAUUGUCAGCUCCAUGAGAGCAGAGAGUCUGCCUCUUCGGGUCAUCUCUGGGUUCCCAGCUCCUAGACAAUGCUUGGCACAUAGAGGACCCUUGGGACCUAUCUGUUGAAUAAAGGACAAUUAAUGAAUGCAUGACCAUAAGUCACAGGUUGCUUUAUGCCGGACAGGAUUGUGUGACUAGUUUAUCAGAACUUGUUUUCUGUAACCCAAGGGAAUGUGAUUCAGGUGAGUUAGUAGCUUAUCUGGUUGUUCUGACUCUUAAAGUGGUCCAGGUUUGUAAGGAUGGAGAUGACCUGAAGAUGUAAGAGGAGAAGCAACGUAGGAAGGAGAAAGAAGGAGGCCAUUUCUGGGGUUUCACCCCUGUCUUCUGAUCCUUGACCCAUUUCUCUCCACCUGAUGGGUGCUACCUGUUCACUAAGCUCCCCUCCCUACCCCUGGAUUAGGCAGCUACAGCCCUUUUCCUUAAGCACCUGGUGGGUCCCGGUGCCGUUGCAUCACCUUUGUGCACAGUCUAAACAGACUGAGGGCAGGGCAGCUUAUCCCCCAGUUGCAGUCAGCUCUCACGCUUUCACUUCCAUCAUCAUUAUCACUGAAUCUUUACUGGGUAAAUACCAUGUGGAUAUCACUGUGCCGUGCAUAGUGCCCUUCAUUUGUCUGGCAUUUCAUGUAAGAAAUCACGAUGAUUAUCUACUGACUUCCUACUAUCAUAAUAAACAUUAUUUCUUUGGUUAAGUAAACUCAGGAUGCUCCUGGGAGGCAGACAUUUGCACAGUCAGGACACUACAGUGAGGCAGUGCCCAAGGUCCCCCAGACAGCACACGGUGCAGACAGGAUCUGCGUGCCAUUCUGAUGAUUGGGACACCCUCAAGCCAGUCUUGGACUCAGGUGUUGCUAAUCUGAAAGCCAUGGCCCUGGAUGAGUAAAGCCCUCUCCCUGAGCCCGUCUGUCUCCCUGCAUCCUCUGACAGCCUAAGUCUGAGAAGAAUCCCCCUCACUGGGGGCGAGCUGGCCUUCCUGACGCUUUUCCUAUGGGCCGCAUUCUCGCUGUUUCAGCCAUCGAGGCAGCCUGACCCUGCUUCCUUUGAACGACUCUUCAGGUAUCUGAAAUCAGCUUUCUGAGGUUCUUGUCUCCUCUUUUCCAAAGGAAGAGGGUGUCCACUUGCUGGGUCAUUGGUUGGUCAGGCAGGAUGUGUUGGAUGGGCUGGGGAUGCCUGGGCCCCUCCUGGCCCACUCCCUCCGCUCAGCACAGCAGGCCCUGGUCAGCCCUGUGGGGUGGACAGAAUGAGGAAACCGAGACCCCUUGGUUUGCCUUAAAGAGUCUCUGGUUGUUUGCAAGCUCCGGACACGUUCCCAAAUCCUGGCUCAUGUGCCCCAAGAGGCCUCGUGGGCAGGCGGGCCCCAGGGAAGAGAAAAGCAGGGCCCUGCAAGUGUCACACCUGUGACAGGUGUGAGCCGGCCAGACCUCCAUUUGCUCACUUGUGGAGCAAAAGAGGCAGAAUCUGCUGUGCAGGUGCCAUGAGGGGGACUCAGGAAUGCCGGGCCUCCAGCCUUCCGCUCAGCACAGAGGGACCUUAGUGACAUGAUGAGAGCAAGGACAAACACGGAUGGAGCUCAUCCCAAGCCAGGCCAGGCUCCAACACAUUUAACCUCUCAACAGCCCAGAGCCAGCCCUGCCCGGUGCCUCGGCCCCACAGCUGCAGUGCAGGCCCAGACAGGUGUAGUGAUGUGAGCAGUUCACCCGGCAGGUCAUCAUGAUGCACAAGCUUCAUGGCCCCAUCCCGGCAGGGCAGUAAGGCGGGCUCCAGGCCUUCUCCAGCCUCUAAACUAAGCUGGAGAUGUUCAGUCCAAGUCUGAAGAUCUGAGAACCGGGGGGCCGAUGGGACCCUCCACAGAGUGGAUGAUGCCCACCCACGUCGGGGAGGGCCAUCUUCUUUCCUCCGUCCACCAGUUCAAAUGCUCAUCUCUUCCAGAAAGACACACCCAGAGAUAAUGUUUGACCAGCUAUCUGGGCAUCCCUUAGCCCAACCAAAUUGACACACAAAAUUAAACAUCACCACAGGAAGUGGAGAGAGAUUGGGAGACUCAGAGGAACCACCCUCAAAGCACAAAAUCCUUACGAAAAGACCAGACUGGGAAGAAAUGAAAUUUCCAGAUCUCGACUCUAGGUUUUCCCCUGAUUGCUCAACUUGAAGCGUUAACCACAUUCCGGGUAGAAGAUGAUCCAUUUUUAUUCUAAAGACCCAGCACGUGCUGUGCUUCUGCUGUUCUCUCCCCUUCGGUUUUAUAAACACCCUGAAAAUGCCUUACAGACGUAAACAUCAAUCAGGAACUCUCUCCAGCCUGUGUGACAAAAUCCAGGGCCGUCUGCAAAGGAAAGUUCUGCUCCCCCAUUUUAUCGUUGUUUUGAUUUCCGAGGGGUCCCCAGGGCAUCUGGUUUCCAUAACUUCCUGCUUCCUCCAGAUGGAACGACCCAGCCAGCCAGCUCCCUCCAAGGAGAGCGUGUGGUCAGGCUGGGGUUCCUUCCCUGCACCUCCUUCCUGGCGUUUGGAAAGUUGGAGAUUUCCUCUCGGUUUCAUGGUUUAUGUCAAAUAUCUGCAUAUUCAAAGCAAAUGGACUGCUUUGUGUAUUUCAACAUUCCUUCGGGUAACUUAUCUGACUCUUGAGAGUUGUGGCUGUUUUUGCAAAUCACUGAAGAGGGGCAGAAGCAGGUCCUCUAGCUAAUGGAAAGGGUUGGGGGGAGGGGAGAGCCUCAGACCCCUCCCACCAUGAGCAGGCAGACCACAGACCACAGUGUGUCUUGGGUCCUGGGAGGGCCCCAGUUUGGCUUUUCUGAAGCCGUUUUCCAUGCCCACGUGCGCUAGGUUCCCAUGUGAAAGAAGCCCCACUGGCGAUCGGCAGCUUUCCCCAAGCUUUCCCAUGGGGCAGGCAUUUCCCCAUGUUUCCGGGGCAAAGGCAGAGUUGGAGUGCCAGGCGCUGAGGUCCGAGUCGACUGUUGGCGCGUUUGUGCAUUAGAGAGACAAAUCCAGGAUAAGUGUGUAAAAGAGCUAAAACCCAGCACUGGGAAAAUAUACCCAAUACUGGCCCUUGAAAGAUUGGGUCACUCUCAGCACCUUUAAAUGCCAAAAAACGCGCCGCGAUUUUAAGGCACAUGCUAACAAGAGCUGUGCUCCCAGGUCAGUCUUGAAGCUUCAUCAGGUCGAUUUAAAAUUCAGAGGUUGGGGGCUUCCCUGGUGGCGCAGUGGUUGAGAGUCCGCCUGCCGAUGCAGGGGACACGGGUUCAUGCCCCGGUCCGGGAAGAUCCCACAUGCCGCGGAGCGGCUGGGCCCGUGAGCCAUGGCCGCUGAGCCUGCGCGUCCGGAGCCUGUGCUCCGCAACGGGAGAGGCCACAACAGUGAGAGGCCCGCAUAAUGCAAAAAUAAAUAAAUAAAAAUUCAGAGGUUCUCAAAGCCUGUUCAGCGAUUCCAGGGUAGGACGCAUCACAAGAGAAAUGAAGCUCACAGAAUAAAAGCUCGCUGUCCAGACCAGACAGCUGCUCUUUGAUGCUGAGUUUGGUGUCUCGUGGACCGAACCCCAGGAUGCAGAGGAAGCUUCUUAUUACGCAGGAUGAGAACUGAGACCCAUGCAUUGACACCUGUGGGUCAGGUCAACACUGAGGGCCUGGGAUCCCUGAACCGGAAGCAGAAACGCGUGGACGGGCCCCGGGGAAUUUCUGAAUGGAGAUGGGAGCAGAGAGAACCCGAGGAAGAACAAAAGGUGUAAGUGAACGUCAAGAUGACGAUUACACCAGACGUCAGGUUAGAGUAUUUGGAGAGUGUCGCUUCCAUCUUCCUAAAGUUCAAGCCGGACAAGUGGACUAAAAUGGUCGGAGCAGAAGAGAACAUGGGUUUGUUCACCGAGUUCUUUGAGAAACCGGACGUCCUAGUUCUGGUGCUGACACUCAGCCCCGCCGGCAUGAUCAUACCCUGCCUGGGCUUCCCGGCCUCCCUCAAGUCCAAAGGGAUGUACUUCAUCAAGAAGAAACCUGGGAACAUCAGCAAUGACAACUACAAGGACCGCCUGGUCUAUGGGGACAUAAGCCCCACUCCCGUGGACCAGCUGAUCGCCAUCGUGGAGGAGGUCCUCUAUUCCCUGUUAAACCAAAGCGAAAACGUGAGCGGAUGGCCCCGCGUGGUCUCAGAGGACAUUGUGAAGCAAGUCCACAAGCUGAAGAACGAGAUGUGUGUGAUGGGCGGCAAGAUCAAGGGGAAGCCGCUGCUGCCCAUCCCGGAGCACCUGGGCAGUCUGGAUGGUACCCUUGAGUCCAUGGAGAGGAUCCCCUCCUCCCUGGACAACUCGCUGCUGCACGCCAUCGAGACCAUCAUCAUCGACUGGUCCCGCCAGAUCCGGGAUGUGCUAAGCAAAGACUCGGCCCAGGCCCUGCUGGACGGGCUGCACCCCCUGCCCCGAGUCGAGUUUGAGUUCUGGGACACCCGGCUGAUGAACCUCAAGUGCAUCCACGAGCAGCUCAACAGGCCCAAAGUGAACAAAAUCGUCGAGAUCCUGGAAAAAGCCAAAAGCUGCUACUGGCCAGCCCUGCAAAAUGUGUAUACGAAUGUCACUGAGGGCCUGAAGGAAGCCAACGAUAUAGUUCUGUAUCUGAAGCCUCUGAAGAUCUUGUUGGAGGAGAUGGAACAGGCUGACUUCACGAUGCUCCCAACCUUCAUCACCAAGGUGCUGUAUACCAUCUGCUUCAUCUGGGCCACGUCCGAGCACUACAACACACCCUCCAGGGUCAUCGUCAUCCUGCAGGAGUUCUGCAAUCAGCUCAUCGAGAUGACUCGGACCUACCUGCGUCCUGACGACGUGCUGAAAAGCCUGCAGGGUGAAACUGAGGACGUGCUGAGCAGCGUCUCUCUGUCCCUGAGCGUCCUGAAGGAGCUGUACCGAGCCUACGAGUUCUGCUGCACGAACAUGAAGCUUUUCUUCAAGAAAGACAAGAAGCCAGUGCCUUGGGAAUUCCCUUCUUCUCUUGCCUUUUCCAGGAUAAAUUCCUUUUUCCAGCGCGUCCAGACCAUCGAGGAUCUUUAUAAAACAGCCAUCGAGUUUCUGAAGCUGGAGAAGAUGGAGCUCGGGGGCGUGAGGGGCAGCAUACGCGGAAGCCAGGUGACUCAGAUCUCUGAUGAGGUCUUUGAGCUGGUGAAGGUUUUUGCCGACUGCAAAUACGACCCCUUGGAUCCCGGAGAUUCGAGCUUUGAUGACGAUUAUGCUGAUUUUGAGACCAAAAUUCAGGAUCUGGAUAGGAGGCUGGCCACGAUCUUUUGCCAGGGGUUUGACGACUGCUGUUCUAUUGAGUCCUGUGCAAAGCUCCUACACAUGUGUGGCAGCCUCUUGGAACGGCCUCUGAUUCUCCCCGAGGUGGUGCCCAGGUACUCGGUCAUGCUGGAGCUGUUUGACGCUGAGCUGGACAACACCAAGACCCUGUAUGACGCCCAGAUUGCGGCCUCGGCAGACGGGAACAUCCCCCCUAUCCAUAAAAACAUGCCCCCGGUGGCCGGGCAGCUCAAGUGGAGCCUGGAGCUGCAGGAGAGGCUGGAGGCACCCAUGAGGGACCUCAAGCACAUCGAGCACCCGGUCAUGUCCAGUGUGGAGGCCAAGCUGAUCUACCAGAAAUACGAUGAGAUGGUGGAACUGCUGAGACGCUACCGUGAGAGGAUCUACCAGCAGUGGGCGGCGGGGGUAGACCAGGACUGCCACUUCAACCUGGGGCAGCCCCUGAUCCAGCGGGACCCCGUCACCAGACUCAUCCGCGUCAACUUCAGCAAAGCGCUGGUGGCAGUGCUGAGAGAGGUCAAGUACCUGAACUUCCAGCAACAAAAAGAGAUUCCCAGCAGCGCCGAGAACCUGUUCUCACAGUACGAAAGCUUCUGGAAGUUUGUGGGCAACUUGGAACUCAUUGCCCGCUGGUACAAUGAGAUAAUGACCACUGUGAAGGACGUAGAAUUUCCACUGAUAAAGUCAGAAUUGGAAACAAUCGAUGUCAAAUUGUUGGCCGCUGAGACGACCUUAUUCUGGAACGGCCAAGGUGUGUUUGAAUAUAUUCAAGAGAUGCGAGAAAUGCUAUACAACUUGCAGAACAGGAUACAAAAAGCAAAGCAAAACAUAGAGGGGAUUUCCCAGGCCAUGAAGGACUGGUCGGCCAACCCAAUGUUUGAAAGGAAGGACAACAAGAAAGAGGCCCUGUUAGACUUGGACGGGAGGGUGGCCAACCUCAACAAGCGCUACACCGCGGUCAAGGACGCCGGCCUGAAGAUCCAGUCCAUGGUCAUGGAAAAUGCGGAACUCUUCAGAGCGAAUACGACGAGCCAGCCCUGGAAGGAUUAUGUCAACUACGUUGACAGCAUGGUCUUGGAUGAAUUUGAGCAUUUCAUUCGCACGUCUCUAAAUCACCUAAUGGACAACAUGGUUGUAGAUGAGAGCAUCGCACCGCUGUUUGAGGUCCGCAUGGAGCUGGACGAGGAUGGGCUGGUCUUCAAUCCGUCCCUGGAGGUGGGCGGGGAGCAGGGCUUCCUGGCGCUGAUCGGGAGCCUGGUCACUGACAUCUACAAUGCAGCCAAGCUCAUCCCCAGGCUGGCCAAGGGCAGGAUGAACUACAAGACCGACCUGGAAGACAUGACUGACCUCAUAGAGAUGGGGGAGGAGCUGUCCAACCUGGUCAUCAGCGCCAUAAAGGAGGCUGAGGAGUACCAGGACUCCUUCGAGCGCUACGCCUACCUGUGGAUGGACGACCCCCAGGAGGUCAUGAAGAGCUUCCUCAUCUAUGGGCACGCGAUCAGCCCAGAGGACUGGGACCCCCAGGCCGAGGAGACCCUCCCCAAGAUGCCGCCUACCCUCGCCCAGUUCCAGCAGCAGAUCGACUCCUAUGAGAAGCUGUAUGAGGAGGUGUCCAAGUGCGAGAACACCAAGGUGUUCAACGGCUGGCUGCAGUGUGACUGCCGGCCCUUCAAGCAGGCCCUCCUCAACACCAUCAAACGCUGGAGCCUCAUGUUCAAGCGGCACCUGAGCAACAACGUGGUCAGCAGCCUCGCAGACCUAGAAGCCUUCAUGAAAGUCUCCAGGGCGGGCUUGAUGAAGCCUCUCAAGGAGGGGGAUUAUGACGGCCUCGUGGAGGUGAUGGGGCAUCUGAUGAAGGUCAAGGAGAGGCAGAUGGCCACCGACAACAUGUUUGAGCCCCUGAAGCAGACCAUCGAGCUGCUCAAGUCCUAUGGGGAGGAGAUGCCCGAGGAGACGCACGUGAAGCUUCAGGAACUGCCGGAGCAGUGGACCAACACCAAGAAGCUGGCCAUCCAGGUGAAGCAGAACGUGGCACCCUUGCAGGCCAACGAGGUCAGCAUCCUGCGACGGAAAUGCCAGCAGUUCGAGCUCAAGCAGCACGAGUUCAGAGAGAAGUUCAGGCAAGAAGCCCCGUUCAGCUUCAGCGACCCCAACCCCUACAAGUCCCUCAAUAAGCAACAAAAGAGCAUCGCGUCCAUGGAGGGCGUCAUGGAGGCUCUGUGCAAAUCCGGGAGCCUGUUCGAGGUCACAGUGCCGGACUACAAGCAGCUCAAGGCUUGUCACAAAGAGGUCCACCAGCUGAAGGAGCUCUGGGACAUGAUCAUCAUGGUCAACACCAGCAUCGGUGACUGGAAGACCACCAAGUGGAAGCACAUCAACGUCGAGCAGAUGGACAUAGACUGCCAGAAGUUUGCCAAGGCUGUGAGGUCCCUGGACAAGGAGGUGAAGGGCUGGGAUGCCUUCGUGGGGCUGGACAACACCGUGAAGAACACGAUCGCGUCCCUGCGCGCUGUGAGUGAGCUGCAGAACCCCGCCAUCCGGAACCGCCACUGGCAGCAGCUCAUGCAGGCCACCCAGGUGAAGUUUGAAAUGUCAGAUGAGACCACCCUGGCGGAUUUACUCCAGCUGAACCUACAUAAAUACGAAGACGAGGUCCAGAACAUCGUAGACAAGGCUGUGAAAGAGUCUGGCAUGGAAAAGGUGCUGAAAACCCUGGAUAGUACCUGGUCCACCAUGGAGUUUGAGCACAGGCGGCACCCGCGGACAGGCACCAUGUUGCUCAAGACGGAUGAGGUGCUGGUGGAGACGCUGGAGGACAGCCAGGUGCAGCUGCAGAACCUGAUGAUGUCCAAGUACCUGUCCCACUUCCUGAAGGAGGUGACGAGCUGGCAGCAGAAACUGUCCGCCGCGGACUCGGUCAUCUCCAUCUGGUUCGAGGUCCAGAGAACCUGGAGCCACCUGGAGAGCAUCUUCAUUGGUUCCAAAGACAUCCGCGCCCAGCUGCCGGAGGACUCCCAACGCUUUGAUGACAUCGACCAGGAGUUCAAGGCCUUGAUGGAGGAGGCGGUGAAAACACCCAACGUGGUCGAAGCCACCAACAAACCUGGUCUCUAUAACAAACUUGAGAACCUGAAGAAGAGGUUGGCCAUGUGUGAAAAAGCCCUGGCCGAAUAUUUAGAGACAAAAAGACUUGCUUUCCCAAGGUUCUACUUCGUCUCCUCAGCCGACCUCCUGGACAUUCUCUCCAAUGGAAACGACCCCGUGGAGGUGAGCCGCCACCUGUCCAAGCUCUUCGACAGCCUGUGUAAACUGAAGUUCCGCCUCGACGCCGACGGGAAGCCGCUCAAGUGUGGCCUGGGCAUGUACAGCAAGGAGGACGAGUACGUGGACUUUGACCGGGAAUGUGACCUCUCGGGGCAGGUGGAGGUCUGGCUGAACCGGGUGUUGGACAGGAUGUGCGCCACGCUCCGCCACGAGAUCCCGGAAGCCGUGGUGACUUACGAGGAGAAGCCAAGGGAGCAGUGGAUCUUCGACUACCCCGCCCAGAUUGCGCUCGCGUGCACCCAGAUCUGGUGGACAACCGAGGUGGGCCUGGCGUUUGCCAGGCUGGAGGAAGGCUACGAAAACGCCAUCAGAGAUUACAACAAGAAGCAGAUCAGUCAGCUGAACGCGCUCAUCACCCUGCUCAUCGGAAACCUCAACGCCGGGGACAGGACGAAGAUCAUGACCAUCUGUACCAUCGACGUCCACGCCCGGGAUGUGGUCGCCAAGAUGAUCACCGCCAAGGUGGAGAGCGCCCAGGCCUUCACCUGGCAGUCCCAGCUGCGGCACCGCUGGGAUGAGGAGAAGAAGCACUGCUUUGCCAACAUCUGCGACGCCCAGAUCCAGUACUCGUACGAGUACCUGGGCAACACUCCACGACUGGUCAUCACCCCGCUCACCGACAGAUGCUAUAUAACCUUGACCCAGUCCCUCCACCUGAUCAUGGGCGGAGCCCCCGCUGGCCCUGCCGGGACUGGCAAGACAGAGACGACCAAGGACCUGGGCAGAGCCCUGGGCACCAUGGUCUACGUCUUCAACUGCUCCGAGCAGAUGGACUACAAGUCCUGUGGCAAUAUCUACAAGGGCCUGGCCCAGACUGGAGCCUGGGGCUGCUUCGAUGAGUUCAAUCGAAUCUCCGUGGAGGUCUUGUCUGUGAUCGCCGUACAGGUCAAAUGUAUCCAAGAUGCAAUUCGGGCCAAGAAAGAAACGUUUAAUUUCCUGGGAGAGAUGAUAAGGCUUAUCCCCAGUGUUGGCCUCUUCAUCACCAUGAACCCCGGGUACGCCGGACGCACGGAGCUGCCCGAGAACUUAAAGGCCUUGUUCAGGCCCUGCGCCAUGGUGGUCCCCGACUUUGAACUGAUAUGCGAGAUCAUGCUGGUGUCUGAGGGCUUUCUGGAGGCCCGCCUUCUGGCCAGGAAGUUCAUCACACUCUACACCUUGUGCAAAGAGCUGCUGUCAAAGCAGGAUCAUUAUGACUGGGGCUUGCGGGCCAUCAAGUCUGUGCUGGUGGUGGCCGGCUCCCUGAAGAGGGCCGACCCCGGCCGAGCAGAGGACCAGGUGCUGAUGAGGGCGCUCAGGGACUUCAACAUCCCCAAGAUCGUCGCCGACGACCUGCCCGUGUUCAUGGGGCUCAUCGGGGACCUCUUCCCUGCACUGGACGUGCCUCGGAAACGGGACCUGAAUUUUGAGAAGGUCAUCAAGCAGAGCAUCGUUGAGCUCAAGCUGCAGGCGGAGGACAGCUUCGUGCUGAAGGUGGUGCAGCUGGAGGAGCUGCUGCAAGUCAGGCACUCGGUGUUCGUCAUCGGGAACGCAGGCAGUGGCAAGUCCCAGGUCCUCAAGUCUCUGAACAAGACCUAUCAGAACCUGCAGAGGAAGCCGGUCGCCGUGGACCUGGACCCCAAGGCCGUCACCUGCGACGAGCUCUUCGGCAUCAUCAACCCGGUGACCAGGGAGUGGAAAGAUGGCCUCUUCUCCACCAUCAUGCGGGACCUGGCCAACAUCCCUCACGACGGCCCCAAGUGGAUCAUCCUGGACGGGGACAUAGACCCCAUGUGGAUCGAGUCCCUCAACACCGUCAUGGAUGACAACAAGGUCCUCACGCUGGCCAGCAAUGAGCGGAUCCCCCUGAACCGCACCAUGCGGCUGGUGUUCGAGAUCAGCCACCUGAGGACGGCCACGCCGGCCACCGUGUCCAGAGCCGGCAUCCUGUACAUCAACCCGGCCGACCUCGGGUGGAACCCGGUGGUGAGCAGCUGGAUCGAGAGGCGCAAGGUGCAGUCGGAAAAGGCCACCCUGCUGGUCCUCUUUGACAAGUACCUGCCCACCUGCCUGGACAAGCUUCGCGUCGGGUUUAAGACGAUCACCCCGGUGCCCGAGAUCACGGUCAUCCAGAUGAUCCUGUACCUGCUCGAGUGCCUCCUCACCGAGCAGAACGCACCCCCCGACUCUGCCAAGGAGCUGUACGAGCUCUACUUCGUGUUCGCCUGCUUCUGGGCCUUCGGAGGGGCCAUGUUCCAGGACCAGCUUGUAGAUUAUCGGGUCGAGUUCAGCCGAUGGUGGAUCAACGAAUUCAAGACAAUCAAGUUCCCCUCGCAGGGAACGAUCUUUGACUACUACAUAGAUCCCGACACCAAAAAGUUCCUGCCGUGGACGGACAAGGUGCCCCGCUUCGAGCUGGACCCUGAUGUCCCCCUGCAGGCCUCACUGGUGCACACCACGGAAACCAUCCGCAUCCGCUACUUCUUGGACCUGCUCGUGGAGAAGUCGUGGCCGGUGAUGCUGGUGGGGAAUGCAGGGACGGGCAAGUCGGUGCUGAUGGGGGACAAGCUGGGCAGCCUGAGUACAGACGACUGGUUGGUGCAGGCCGUGCCCUUCAACUUCUACACGACCUCGGCUAUGCUGCAGGGUGUUCUCGAAAAGCCGCUGGAGAAGAAAUCAGGGCGGAAUUAUGGGCCACCAGGCACCAAGAAGCUGAUCUACUUCAUCGACGACAUGAACAUGCCCGAGGUGGACAAGUACGGGACGGUGGCCCCGCACACCCUCCUCCGGCAGCACAUGGACCACAGGCACUGGUAUGACCGACAGAAGCUGACACUGAAGGACGUCCAUAACUGUCAGUACGUGGCGUGCAUGAACCCCACUGCUGGAUCCUUCACCAUCGACCCCAGGCUUCAGCGCCACUUCUGUGUGUUUGCCGUGAGCUUCCCGGGCCAGGAGGCCCUCAUGAGCAUCUACAGCACCAUCCUGGCCCAGCACCUGGCCUAUCAGUCGGUCCCCAUGGUAGUCCAGAAGAUGAGCAACCACCUGGUGGCCUCCGCCCUGGCCCUGCACCAGAAAGUGACAUCAACGUUUCUUCCCACAGCCGUUAAGUUUCAUUAUGUCUUCAACCUCAGGGACCUCUCCAAUAUUUUCCAGGGGCUCCUGUUCUCCACCACAGAGACCCUGAAAAUCCCACUGGACCUCGUCCGCCUCUGGCUGCACGAAGCCGAACGUGUGUACGGCGACAAGAUGGUGGAUGAGAAGGACCAGGAGGCGCUGCGCAGAGUCACCAUCGCUUCCACCAAGAAGUUCUUCGACGAUCUUGCUGACGAGCUCUUAUUCGCCAAACCCAAUAUCUACUGCCACUUUGCUCACGGGAUCGGCGAUCCCAAGUACCUGCCGGUGACUGACGUGGCUCCCCUGAGCAAGCUCCUGGUGGAAGCUCUGGACAGUUACAACGAGAUCAACGCGGUCAUGAACCUGGUGCUGUUUGAGGACGCGGUGGCCCACAUCUGCAGGAUCAGCCGUAUCCUGGAGUCCCCACGGGGCAACGCCCUGCUGGUCGGGGUGGGCGGCAGCGGCAAGCAGAGCCUCUCCCGCCUGGCCGCGUACAUCAGCGCGCUGGACGUGUUCCAGAUCACCCUCAAGAAGGGCUACGGGAUCCCAGACCUCAAGCUCGACCUCAGCGCCCAGUACAUCAAGUCGGCCGUGAAGAACGUUCCCUCGGUGUUCCUGAUGACGGACUCCCAGGUGGCCGAGGAGCAGUUUCUGGUGCUGAUCAAUGACCUGCUGGCCUCGGGGGAGAUCCCGGGGCUGUUUAUGGACGACGAGGUGGAGAACAUCAUCUCCUCCAUGCGGCCGCAAGUGAAGUCCCUGGGCCUGACGGACACCCGGGAGGCGUGCUGGAAAUUCUUCAUUGAGAAAGUGCGCAGGCACCUGAAGGUAAUCCUGUGUUUCUCCCCCGUGGGCUCCGUCCUGCGUGUACGAGCAAGAAAAUUCCCUGCCGUGGUCAACUGCACAGCCAUCGACUGGUUCCAUGAGUGGCCAGAGGACGCCCUGGUGUCCGUCAGCACUCACUUCCUUGAGGACACCGAGGGGAUUCAGCCGGAAGUUAAGGCCUCCAUCAGCCUCUUCAUGUCCUACGUGCACACGACCGUCAAAGAGAUGUCCAAGGUGUACCUUGCCACCGAGAGACGCUACAACUACACCACGCCCAAAACCUUCCUGGAGCAGAUCAAACUGUACCAGAACCUACUGGCCAAGAAGAGGAUGGAGCUGGUCGCCAAAAUCGAGAGGCUGGAGAACGGGCUGAUGAAGCUGCAGAGCACAGCCUCUCAGGUGGACGAUUUAAAAGCCAAGCUGGCGGUUCAGGAGGCUGAGCUCAAGCAGAAAAACGAGAAAGCGGACAAGCUGAUCCACGUGGUGGGUGUGGAAACAGAGAAGGUCAGCAAAGAGAAAGCCAUUGCUGAUGAGGAAGAAGUCAAGGUGGAAGUCAUCAACAAGAAUGUUACUGAGAAACAAAAAGCUUGUGAAACAGACCUGGCCAAGGCAGAGCCGGCCCUACUGGCUGCGCAGGAGGCCCUCGACACUCUGAAUAAGAACAACCUGACAGAGCUGAAGUCCUUCGGGUCCCCCCCAGACGCCGUGGUCAACGUCACGGCCGCCGUGAUGAUUCUGACGGCACCCGGGGGCAAGAUCCCCAAGGACCAGAGCUGGAAAGCUGCGAAAAUCAUGAUGGGCAAAGUGGACACCUUCCUGGACUCCUUGAAGAAGUUUGACAAGGAGCACAUCCCCGAGGCCUGCCUGAAAGCAUUUAAGCCCUACCAAGGCAACCCGACGUUCGACCCCGAGUUCAUCCGCUCCAAGUCCACGGCUGCCGCGGGCCUGUGCUCCUGGUGUAUCAACAUCGUCCGCUUCUACGAGGUCUACUGCGACGUGGCCCCCAAGAGGCGGGCCCUGGAGGAGGCCAACGCGGAGCUGGCCGAGGCGCAGGAGAAGCUCUCCCGCAUCAAAAGCAAGAUCGCUGAACUCAACGCCAACCUGAGCAACCUGACGUCGGCAUUUGAAAAAGCGACAGCCGAGAAAAUCAAGUGUCAGCAGGAGGCUGACGCCACCAGUAGUGUGAUCUCGCUGGCUAACAGGCUGGUAGGAGGAUUAGCAUCAGAAAACGUCCGCUGGGCCGAAUCGGUGGAGAACUUCAGAAGCCAGGGGGCCACACUGUGUGGGGACGUCCUGCUGACUUCCGCCUUCGUCUCCUACGUGGGCUACUUCACCAAGAAAUAUCGCAAUGAGCUAAUGGAGGGGUUUUGGAUCCCUUACAUAAAUGAGCUAAAGGUCCCCAUCCCGCUCACAGAAGGUCUGGAUCCCUUGAGCCUGCUGACCGACGAUGCAGACGUGGCCACUUGGAACAACCAGGGGCUCCCCAGCGACCGCAUGUCCACAGAGAAUGCCACCAUCCUGUGCAACACGGAGCGCUGGCCCCUCUUCGUGGACGCCCAGCUGCAGGGCAUCAAGUGGAUCAAAAACAAAUACGGCAGCAAGCUGAAGGCCAUCCGUCUGGGACAGAAGAGCUACCUGGAUAUCAUCGAGCAGGCCAUUUCAGAAGGGGACACCUUGCUCAUCGAGAACAUUGGCGAGACUGUGGACCCGGUUCUGGACCCUCUGCUGGGCAGGAACACAAUCAAAAAGGGAAAGUUCAUUAAGAUCGGCGACAAAGAGGUGGAAUACCACCCCAACUUCCGCCUGCUGCUGCACACGAAGCACUUCAACCCCCACUACAAGCCCGAGAUGCAGGCCCAGUGCACCCUGAUCAACUUCCUGGUCACCAGGGACGGGCUCGAGGACCAGCUCUUGGCCACCGUGGUGGCCAAAGAGCGCCCAGAUCUGGAGCAGCUGAAGGCGAACCUCACCAAGUCUCAGAAUGAAUUUAAGAUUGUUCUGAAAGAGCUGGAAGAUUCUCUGCUGGCCCGUCUGUCGGCCGCGUCGGGGAACUUUCUGGGAGACACAGCCUUAGUUGAGAACCUGGAGACCACCAAACACAUGGCCAGCGAGAUUGAGGAAAAGGUGCAAGAGGCAAAAAUCACAGAAGUUAAAAUCAACGAGGCGAGAGGGAACUACGUGCCAGCCGCGGGGAGGGCGUCCCUGCUGUACUUCAUCCUGAACGACCUCAGCAAGAUCAACCCCAUCUACCAGUUCUCGCUCAAGGCCUUCAACGUGGUGUUCGAGAAGGCCAUCCAGAAGACCGCCCCUGCCGACGAGGUCAAACAGCGUGUGAUCAACCUGACGGACGAGAUCACCUACUCUGUGUACAUGUACACGGCCCGCGGGCUCUUCGAGCGAGACAAACUCAUCUUCCUCGCACAGGUGACAUUUCAGGUCUUGUCCAUGAAGAAGGAGCUGAACCCGGUGGAGCUGGAUUUCCUUCUGCGGUUCCCGUUCAAAGCCGGGGUCGUGUCACCCGUGGACUUCCUGCAGCAUCAGGGAUGGGGCGGCAUCAAGGCCCUCUCGGAGAUGGAUGAGUUCAAGAACCUGGACAGCGACAUCGAGGGAUCCGCCAAGCGGUGGAAGAAGCUCGUGGAGUCGGAAGCCCCCGAAAAGGAGGUCUUCCCCAAGGAGUGGAAGAACAAGACGGCGCUGCAGAAGCUGUGCAUGCUGAGGUGCGUGCGGCCCGACCGCAUGACCUACGCCAUCAAGAACUUUGUGGAGGAGAAGAUGGGCAGCAAGUUCACAGAGGGCCGGAGCGUUGAGUUCUCCAAGUCCUACAAGGAGAGCAGCCCCUCAAGCCCCAUCUUCUUCAUCCUCUCCCCGGGCGCUGACCCCCUGAAGGACGUGGAGGCCCUGGGGAAAAAAUUGGGAUUUACCAUAGACAACGGGAAACUCCAUAACGUGUCCCUGGGGCAGGGACAAGAGGUGGUGGCGGAGAAUGCCCUGGACGUGGCUGUGGAGAAGGGACACUGGGUCAUUCUGCAGAACAUCCACCUGGUGGCCCAGUGGCUGAGCACCCUGGACAAGAAGCUGGAGCGGUACAGCGUCGGCAGCCACGAUGACUACCGCGUGUUCAUCAGCGCCGAGCCGGCCCCCAGCCCCGAGUCCCACAUCAUCCCCCAGGGCAUCCUGGAGAACGCCAUCAAAAUCACCAACGAGCCGCCCACGGGCAUGUACGCCAACCUGCACAAGGCCCUGGACCUCUUCACCCAGGACACACUGGAGAUGUGCACCAAGGAGAUGGAGUUCAAGUGCAUCCUCUUCGCCCUGUGCUACUUCCACGCCGUGGUGGCCGAGAGGCGCAAGUUUGGGGCCCAGGGCUGGAACAGGUCGUACCCCUUCAACAACGGGGACCUCACCAUCUCCAUCAACGUGCUCUACAACUACCUGGAGGCCAACCCCAAGGUGCCCUGGGACGAUCUCCGCUACCUCUUUGGGGAAAUCAUGUACGGCGGCCACAUCACCGACGACUGGGACCGCCGGCUCUGCAGGACGUACCUGGAGGAGUACAUCCAGGCGGAGAUGCUGGAGGGAGAGAUCCUGCUGGCCCCGGGCUUUCAGAUCCCCCCGAACCUGGACUACAAGGGUUACCACGAAUACAUCGACAAGAACCUGCCCCCCGAAAGCCCCUGCCUGUAUGGCCUGCACCCCAAUGCAGAGACUGGCUUCCUGACGGCCACCUCGGAGAUGCUGUUCCGCACUGUCCUGGAAAUGCAGCCCAAAGAAACCGGGUCGGGAGCCGGUGGCGCCGGGGUGUCUCGCGAGGAGAAGGUGAAGGCCGUGCUGGAUGAGAUCCUGGAGAAGAUCCCGGAGACCUUCAACAUGGCCGAGAUCAUGGCCAAGGCCGCCGAGAAGACCCCCUACGUGGUUGUCGCCUUCCAAGAAUGUGAGAGAAUGAACAUCCUGACCAACGAAAUGCGCCGCUCGCUGAAGGAGCUGAACCUGGGGCUGAAGGGAGAACUGACCAUCACGACUGACAUGGAAGACCUGUCCACGGCUCUGUUCUAUGACACUGUGCCCGACACGUGGGUGGCCCGGGCCUACCCCUCGAGGUUGGGCCUGGCGGCCUGGUACGCCGACCUGCUGCUCCGCAUCAGGGAGCUCGAGGCCUGGACGAUGGACUUCACGCUGCCUACCACCGUGUGGCUGGCCGGCUUCUUCAACCCGCAGUCCUUCCUCACGGCCAUCAUGCAGUCCAUGGCCAGGAAGAACGAGUGGCCACUGGACAAGAUGUGUCUGUCUGUGGAGGUGACCAAGAAGAACCGGGAGGACAUGACCGCGCCCCCCCGGGAGGGCUCCUACGUGUACGGGCUCUUCAUGGAAGGAGCUCGCUGGGACACCCAGAUGGGAGUCAUCGCCGACGCGCGGCUGAAAGAGCUGACGCCGGCCAUGCCCGUCAUCUUCAUCAAGGCCAUCCCUGUGGACCGCAUGGAGACCAAGAACAUCUAUGAGUGUCCCGUGUACAAAACACGCAUCCGCGGCCCCACCUACGUCUGGACCUUUAACCUGAAGACCAAAGAGAAGGCAGCAAAGUGGAUCCUGGCAGCCGUGGCGCUGCUCCUACAGGCCUAGCUGGAGCCCCGGGUCCCGCCGUGAGGCCCAUGCUGCCCGGCGCCAGGUCCUGACCGCAACUUCAAAUUUACAGUUAGGAACUCAGCCUUGCAACUAUCACUUAUUUUCACAGGAACUGAUGAUUGCUUUUUUGUUCUCCUAAAUAAUCGAGGCACUUUAUAACCAUGCACAUCGAGACUAGCCAGAGGGUGGAGGGCAGCCUGGGAGAGGGGGUGUGGAUGGGAUUAAAACAAUGAAGCCACUUA